UAAACUUACCUAUAGGCAAGUAACUUUCCUGAUUUUGUGAAGCGCGGAAUCUCAAUGAUCGUGCAUGAAUUGACAGACGACAACGCCCUCUCUGACAAUCUCUGGUUUUACUUGAUAAAUUACACAUCUAUCGAUAAGCGGAAUCAACACGACAGGAGAUUGCGAUCGUUAUCGUUUCAACGAAUUUUUACAAAAUAUCCUGUAUACUUAGGCGACAAGCAAUUAAAAUUUAUGUGCAUACAAAUAUUAAUAAUUAGUCUAUUAAAAUAUCUUCAUUAAAAAAUUGCAUAAAACGGGCUCCACAUGUUAAAGCACUCAUACAACAUAGGAUUAUUUUGUAAUUUCUAUUUACAAUAUAAAUAUAUUAAUAAGUUUAAAUAUAUCAAACGGUAUAAUACGAUACGUACGAUGAGUAACAUCGCAGAAAAUAAAAUUGGCAUGCCUUUGAAGGAGAUUCUGAGUGCAAUAUGUAAAUUUGCGGACACCUCACUCGCAGCUUCCUGGGAUAAUGUCGGAUUACUGAUUGAACCUACAGAACCCAAAAAUGUAUCGUGCAUCUUAUUGACAAAUGAUUUAACUGAAGAUGUUAUGGAUGAAGCUAUUCAAUUACAAACUGAUUUAAUCAUCACAUAUCAUCCAUUAAUAUUUGCUCCAUUGAAGUCUAUUACAACUCAAUCUUGGAAGGAGCGAAUAGUGGCGAGAUGUCUAGAAAAUAAAAUUGCUGUCUUUUCUCCACAUACUAGUUUUGAUUCCGUAAAAGGCGGUGUAAACGACUGGUUAGCGGAAGCUUUCGAGCUUGAAAGCAGCAAACCAAUUCAACCGGAUACGAAUAAUCCGACUUACGGAUUGGGAAGACUGUGCACCUUAAAGAAUCGGGUAUCUAUUGAAGAAGCAGUGAAUUUAAUAAAGCAACGUACAAAUCUGAAAUACGUUAAAUUAGCACGUGCACGCACUGCAGAUGAUUAUAUUAAUACCGUUGCACUAUGUGCUGGAUCAGGUGCCUCGGUAUUGAAAGAAGUACCUGCAGAUUUAUAUCUUACGGGUGAAAUGUUGCAUCAUGAUAUAUUAGAUGCCGUACAUCGCGGGAUCCAUGUUAUAUUAACAAAUCACUCUGAUUCGGAACGUGGUUUUUUGAAAAUAUUUGCUUCGAUACUAGAUAGUGCUUUGCAACAAUCUGUCAAAGUGUGUCUGUCUAAAGCUGACAGGGAUCCAUUACAAACUGUUUGAGCCGUUAUUAAAAAAUGCUCGCCAUAUAUAUAAUAUUCGAUAUUUAAUGUAAAAGUUGAUACGAAUAAAUUACAAAUAGUAUCACUCAUG